UAACCCUGAAACCGACGCAUAUAUUCACCGCCAUCCUACAACCUCUAUUCCGGCCACCAUCAACCACCGCUUCUGCUCACGACCAUCGCCGCCGCCUUCGUUUCAGUCCAAUUGGGAACGGCUUUCGGUUUAGGGUUCAUUUGACAGUUAAAAUUUUGUAUUAAACCAGUAUCGUUGUACUAUUUACAAUCUGUAAGCACACAACGUAAAUAAAAGUUGCAAAGAAAGAGGAGUAAUGAAGCUUGAUGUGAAUGUUUUGCGCUACCUCUCGAAAGAUGACUUCAGGGUUUUGACUGCAGUCGAGAUGGGAAUGCGCAAUCACGAAAUUGUACCCGCAGAGCUCAUCGAACGCAUUGCUUCACUCAGGCAUGGAGGGACUUAUAAGGUGUUGAAAAAUUUGCUGAAGCACAAGUUGUUGCAUCACGACUCUUCAAAGUAUGAUGGUUUUCGACUUACAUACCUUGGUUAUGAUUUUCUUGCUAUAAAGACUUUGGUUAACCGUGGUGUAUUUUCAUCUGUGGGACGUCAAAUUGGUGUGGGAAAAGAAUCUGAUAUUUUUGAGGUUGCAAAUGAAGACGGUACAAUCAUGGCUAUGAAGUUACAUAGACUGGGUAGAACCUCAUUCCGAGCCGUCAAGUCUAAGCGUGACUACUUAAAGCACCGAAGCAGCUUCAGUUGGCUGUAUUUAUCUCGCCUCGCUGCUCUUAAAGAAUUUGCUUUCAUGAAGGCCUUGCAAGAACAUGGGUUUCCGGUCCCUAACGCUGUGGAUUGCAACCGCCAUUGUGUAAUUAUGUCACUUGUACAAGGCUAUCCAUUUGUGCAGGUGAAGCAGCUGCAAAACCCUGAAACCGUCUUUGAAAAGAUCAUAGGAAUCGUUGUUCGUCUUGCGGAGCAUGGGCUUAUUCACUGCGACUUUAACGAAUUUAACAUAAUGAUAGACGAUGAUGAAAAGAUUACGAUCAUUGAUUUUCCUCAAAUGGUAUCUGUAUCUCAUCGAAAUGCGGAAAUGUACUUUGAUCGUGACGUUGAAUGCAUUAUCAAGUUUUUCAGCAAGAGGUUUAACCUCUCUUUUGAAGCAAAUGCUGAUGAUUCAGAUUCAGAUGUCGAAUCAGAUGCCGUAAAGCCUCGGUUUUCUUCAAUAAAGAAAGCUUCUGGUUUCCUUGAUAAGGAACUUUAUGCGAGUGGUUUCAGCAGGAAAGAACAAGAUGAUAUCGAAAAAUUCACUGAGAAGAUACAUGGUUCUGAUGAUGAAGAAAUAGAAGACGACGAAGAAACAGAAGACGAUGAAGAUCACGAUUCUUCUAAAUUAAAUGCAUUAGAUAUCCAAAAUUUCGAUACUUUAUGUUCGUUGACCAAGGAUGAAGAUGAUGAGCAAUCUGGCGAUAUUGGUGAUGUAGUAGAGGAUCAACAAAACUCUGAAGAGAAGCAUGAAGAUGCAAGCGAUAAGGUGGAAGACGACGAGCAGGAUGAUAAUCCUGAACUUGAACAACGUUUAGCCAAGCAGCGAAGACGUGCCAUCCAAGCGGCUCGUGCCGGAAGAAAGACGAAUGCGUCAAGAAAUUCUUAUAAAGACAAAGGUGGCAAAUCCUCCCAUAAUUCAAAGAUUCAGAAGAGUAAUUGGUGAUCUCAUCUUUUUAUAUACUGUGGGUACCAUGAGAUCUGAGUUUUAUUUAUGUUAGCUAAGCCAUUUUCACAUUUAAUUAUAAUAGAUAUUUAUAUUUUUACUAAAGAUGCCAUCUAAGAAUCAGUGUUGUAGAACUCGCUAGGCGCUAGUCGGCUGGUGGUGUACUGACUCACGAUUAAAUGGAUCGGAAUUUUUACAUGUAUUUUUUAGUUUUAUCUA